AAUAGUUACUAAGCGCUCAGUGAGCGCUUUGUUUUUUGAACGUAAUUAUCGUAUCGUAUCGCAUUGCAUGACACGUCGUUCACAGUUCCGACAUAAAGGAGUAAACGUUGUACGCAGUUACAGUUAUCGCAGUUUUGUGUUCAAAUUAUUAGUAAUCCUGAAUUCUACUUAAAACAUUGGCGCUCAAACGUGGAGCUCGAGAAGUGUACAAAAGAAUCGACUUGCUUAAACGCUUGAAAGCAUGCUGAGACAACAUAACCUCAAUAUGUCGACUCUUCGAAACCUAUUGGUAACCCGUGCAAAAUUAAAAGGUCAGUUGAGAAGGAUUAAUAACUUUCUAUCAACAGAACAGAAUAUUACGCAGGCACAAGCAAAAACGCGUGCUGAAAAGAUAGAUGAAAUAUGGACAGCAUUUAACAAUAAUCAGACGCAGAUAGAAAUGCUAAAGGCGGCGGACGAGUCGCAGUUAGAGGAAGUGAUAAAGGCUGAAGAAAGUGAAAGGAUAACUUUUGAGAAAUCAUAUUAUGAGGCAUUGGAUAAGGUACGAGCAAUUUUGACCCCAAACUUUGCGCGAGUGGCAGUGAGUGUACCGCACUUACAAAAUAAACACGUGGACGCUAGAACAAAUCAAGUCCCAGGUAUGCUUGAUAUUAAAUUGCCGACGUUAACAUUACCAACAUUUAAUGGUACGCGUGAACAGUGGAUGCCAUUCAAAGAUUCAUUCACAUCCAUUAUACACAAGAAUCCUAAGUUAACUGAAAUACAAAAACUUCAAUAUUUGCGGGAUGUAUUAAAGGAUGAAGCCUUACAGGUGAUAAAUAGCUCGACUACAUCUGUGGAGAAUUAUACAGUAGCAUGGGAUUUACUCGCGAAUCAUUAUGAUAACGAAAGGCUUAUCAUAAAUAGUCAUCUGGCACAACUUUUGAAUUUUCCGCAGAUUGUUAAAGAGAAGCCAGUUUCAUUAAAACAGUUUAUAAUACAUAUUCGCACUCAUCUUAAAGCAUUGGAAGAUUUAGGAUUACCCGUGAAUCAAUGGAAUGCUAUUAUAAUUUCUCUGGCUAAGAGUAAAUUGGACUGUCAUUUGCAGCAUGAAUGGGAAGAGGAAGUAAAUCAACGGGCACUCGAUAUGUCUACUACAGAAGAAUUUUUAAAUUUUCUUAAUGAAAGGUAUCGUAUGUUGGAAGUGCUGGAGAGGAAUCAGGAUAAAUAUGAUCAAACAAUACAGGCAUUGGAUACAAUUACAAUCUCUAUGGAGGAGAUGCGUAAGGAUAUCAACAUUAAGUUGGACACAAUAAUCCAAAUGGUUCAGGAGCAGAGCACAAAACAAAGCGUAGCGGAGUCGAACGUUGCUGCGCUGCAGGAAAUAAAAACAAACCAGGAGACACAAUCUAUAAAGGCGUCUCCUUCAUUAUUCGGGGUUUCUUCAAUAAGCACCAUGUCAUCAUCCGUAGGAAGUACCUUUCCAUCGCAUAAGGCAUCUGUGGUAACCAGUGGUUUUGACAGUAAAUGGCCCUAACCUCUGGGGAAAUCUCAUGAACAGGGGACAGGAUUGUAGGAUAGGGUUGUACUACAUAUAUGCAUAAUCAAGACUGCUUAAAUUACUACUGUUACUCUUAUCUUUGGUGGAAUUUGGGAGGUGGCCAUAAAAUGUGUAAAGCGGUGCUUUUAUGCAGUAACCAAUGGGCUUACUCUUUGAAAAUUGUUAUAUGUUGGUUGAAAUUGAAGCCAUAUCGAACUCCAGGCCUCAAACACCUAACUCAAGCGACAGGAUUUAGCAGUAUUGACACCUGCGCAUUUCCUGCAUAUUCAGAGGAGUAAACAGGACUUCUGGCAUCGUUGACAUCAAGAAUAUUUGCUCAAGCUUCAGCUUCAGGCGUACCGAGCGGACAAUUGGAAAGGCAAAUCUGCAAGGAGUUUUGGUGCUGCUAAGGAAAAACCACUUAUCACCAUUUUCCAGUGGGCGUUGGGACGAAUAGUGAAAAUGAAUCCAGGACAGCAUAACUCUCGUAGUGACAAUUAAAUUAAAACCACUCAAGGACUAUUUAAAAGAUCUGCUCGGAUAGUAUGUCCUCUAUUUAUAGAUGAUAACUUUAUCAUAUCAAAAACCUACUGAAUUAUUGAAGUAUAUUAGUAUUAACAUUUCGUCAUAUUAUUUGUUAACAUUUGCUUCUUUUGUUUGAAAUUUAAUCGGUUAUAUAAGUUUGUUCGCUAUUUUUAUUUCUUUUCUUCUUUAUGUUGAAAAAAGGUCUUUCAAGGAGGGCAGAAUGUUAGAAAUUAUUCCUUAAGUAGUAUAGUAAAAUUUAUUUCACGAUAAUUGGUAAUGGGAGCGCAGCCCGCCGAGCGAGUUGGUUGCUAUUGUAUCGUAUCGUAUCGCAUCGCAUGGCAUGGCAUGGCAUGGCAUGGCAUGGCAUGGCAUCGCAGUUCCGACAUGAAGGGAUAAAGUUGUAAAUAGUUAGAGUUAUUGCAGUUUUGCGUUCAAAUUAUUAGCAACCCUGAGUUCUACUCAACAACAAACAAAAUAUCACGACUUAUCGUUAUACUAUUAUAUAUAUAUGUAUAAUAUAUCGUUCGCGAUAAAAAGAAAAAGAUAUACAUAUUGCUUAAUUAUAUAUAUCGCAUCGUAUUGUUUUUAUUACAGUCGCAACAAAAAUAUUCACUUGGCCUGUUUAUUAGUUACUGCUACUUUUCAAUUUACCCGAGAUGCAUUUGAAAACACGGGAAUAAGAGAAAAACUUGCUAGAUACUUAAGACGCGAUUUUUAUCGUAUGUUGAAAAAAAUCAGUAUCUCCAAAGCUGCAAAUAUCGUCUGGACGCUUCAAGAAAGUGUUUGUCACAAAGAUUAUAUCUUGAAAGGGAAUACGCAAACUACGGCCAGCCGACGUUCUCGACCAAGAGUCAAGGUUGAUAAAAAAUAUGUUUAAAAUAAGGAAACGAACCACCAUAUCUUUCUUUUUUUGUUUAAAAUUAUUUUGUGAUGUUUUGAACAUAUUUAAAACGAGCGUGAAAAAGAACAUGUUCUAAAUAUGUUUUAAACAUAUAUGCAUUUGAUUUUUAGUAUAGUAUAUAUAUUUUGAACAUUUGAUUUUUGAUAUACUUUAGAAUGUGUGUAGGUUGGUCAAUGGUUCAAUAAGAAAAACUUAUUUCUGGGAAUUCAUAAAAAACGACUUAACAUUUUAUUUUAUUGGAGCAGCGACUAUACGUUCCGAACAGCGUUGAAAAAAUAUUUUCAAGUUAUUUCAUUUAAAUAAACUCUAUGAAAUAUAUAAUACAUAAACAAAAUGUGAAUUGUUAUGAAGUAAAUAUAUAUGACACACA